GGUUCGGCGGUGGGCGAAAGGCUCCGCUGCCAAACCAGUCUCGACACAUGGUAUGGCAGGGGCCAGAUCUGCCGCCGGCGACGUCGGGAGACUCGAGAUCUGGUGGUGGUGAAGUUGGGGACAGAUGGGAAGCUGCUGCGCGUGCCAUGAGUGGCGCGACCAAGGAGAAGACGGCGGGCACCAAGGAGCCGCCUCCGCCUCCAGCACCUGGGCAGGCGGCGACCAAGAGCAACGCCGAGAUCUGCAUCAACUGCUCCCUCCCAGGUCAUUUCGCUCCUCGUUGCCCUACUAUCCACUGCGAAAAAUGCAACAAAUUAGGUCAUAUGGCUCAGCUUUGCCAAGUUCUGAGGCCUUGGGAAUGCAUUCCAUUCAUGUGUGGUUUUCAGUCGCCUGGUGAGGGAUUCUUCUAUAUACCUGAUAUGUGUCCCGCUAAGCAUAGUGUUGAGAAAACUAAUAAUGUGGUGAUUACUAUAGUUGAGGGUGAUGCUACUGUGAAAGAUAUUGAGCAGGAAUUCAAUGCUAUAUUUGCCAAAAAACCUGGGAAAAAGAAAUGGCGCUGUACGGCCCGCUCUAUUGGCCCUGCUCAAUAUGUGAUGUGAUUCCCUAAUGCUAGUGAAGUAGAGAGAGCAUGCUGUUAUGGGAAACGCCUGCCUCUGAAAGAGGGGAAUAUUGUUGUCUGUAUUACUCCUUGGACUGCCUCGAUUGGAGCUAAAGGCAUCAUGGAAAAAGCAUGGGUUAGGGUGCGCAACAUUCCCAUAGAAGAAAGAUGCACUGAACAUAUAGCUUAUGCUGGGGCUCUAGUGGGAAUUACAUUAGAAGUUGACGAAUCGACUGUUCAUAAACCUGAAUAUGCUAGAAUACUUCUUGGCUGUAGAGAUGUUGACAAAAUUCCUCCUUCAGCUGAAGGGAUGCUGGGAGAACAAUAUUAUGACUUCUUCUAUGAAGUUGAAAAAGUUGUGACUAUGGGUGCUGAGAAAAGCCAAUCUUAUACUGCUGUGGAUAGCAGUGCAUCUCCUUCCUUUCCCAAGAAAGCGAGGAUGGACUCAUAUCCUGCUUCUUCCAUGGGGCAGAGGAAACGAGUGCAUCCAUGGCUGGUAAUUUCUCCUCUCAGAAUUAUGAUAAGGGGAUGCAGAGGCUUCCUGCGGUAGCUGAGAGUGAAGAAGAAGAGGAAAGUGAAGAAGAUAACAACACUGAACUGCUGAUUGAGACUAUGGCCAGAGAACAUGCAGCUAAAAAAAUGUCUUAUUGUGGCUCUCAAUCUGGUAAAAUAUCGUGUGAGAAUGUCUUUGAGGAUCUGGAUGUCGAAGAGAUGACUGAAUCUCCCAGUAAUGAGAUCAGUAUACAUAAAGGUGCUUGGGGGAUGAUUACUCCUGUUCCACCCUCACCUUUGUUUGUCUGUCAUGAUGUGAAUACUUAUGGGAAUGCAUUUCCUCCCUUGUCAGACUAUGUGGUUUGGCCUUCCCUGCCUCAUAUUGUGCCUCUUGAGGAGGGAUUCAUGGAAGGAUGUGAAAACUGUAGUGUCUAUACAGUUGAAUCUCCCUCUGGAUCACCAAUUCAUGAUAGCAUGAGUCAAGACGAGGAUGUCCCACGCAGACAGAAGCAGAAGCUGGAGAAGGUGGGAGAUGUGGCUGCCAACAGAAUGAGGAAGCGUAAUUUGGAAGGUUUGCUAAAGGAAGAAGAAAAGGUGAAGCUCCAGGCUGGAGUGAAGAGGUUGACUCACGCGGCUGCUGCGCUGGCGGACAGAUCUCUUCCUCGAGGCAGGCCCCUCUUAGGAGACAGAGAUGGGAUCCAGAUUGGUUAGAUGUGUUCAGCGCUCGGUCCUUUUGCUUGCCGUUUCCCACUGGGGUUUGAUGCCCGCUGGAUUUAUGUCUCCUGGUAGUGGUUCGCUUAGUCGCAGAAGUUUACCAGCGUGUCUCAUCCUGGGACUUUUGUUUUUCGUUGGGCUGUGGCUUGUGAGUGUCAUCAGGUUUUCGCCCCAUGGCGGAUGGUCCGUUCCAGGAUCAUCCUGCGGUGGGUUUCCUGAUGAUGUGCCAACUCGCUCCCCCCUUUCAGUCUCAUUAGUGCUCAAGGCUUUAUCUUUCAUUCUGUUAGAUGUAGUGGUUUGACUCUAAGAACUUGGAAACAUACUGAUGUAUUUCCGUUGAUUGCGAAAUUAAUGGAAAGGGGUUAAGA